UUUCAUCGUGCAGAACAAUUAUGCACUCACUCACUGUUUUUCUCACAAUUGGGUUAUUGUACAAAACAGAAGGCUUGGAUGUCAAAUUAUCCUUCUGUAGAUUUCAAUGUCACGAUACUUGUCAGGCUUCAGUAGAAAAAUCAAAUCCUAAUGGGGUUGUUACUCCACCUGGAGAUUAUUACUGGAGAGAUUUUUACGGAGUUAUACCUCCGGAUGCUUAUCCUCUUGGACCUUCCACUCAAUUUCCACAAACCUACAUAGGCUUUGUAUAUGAUCCUUCACAUAAUGGGACAUUUGCGACUACUAUUUAUGAUGGAUUGGAUUAUGUCUACAACGCAAAUAAUGGAAACACAACAAAAAUCAGCAAACACAUGCAGAUUCUUUGCACGAAAUCACCAGAAAAAAUGCAGUGGUUUAACAUAACGAAGGAGAGUUACAAAACCCUUACCGGCCAAGGCUAUACGGUUGUGAAAGCUGGCUUGCACAGAAAUACUUUGGGUAAAGUUAAUUUUCACUUCAUUGUGAAAACGGACAAUUGCCAUGUAACUUAUGCCGGAGUGGUCAACAGUUUUAGUGCUAAGCUAGAAUUCGCCCUGAUAGAUGGUACAUAUCAGACCUCUGAUACAUUCCAAUGGCUCAUGUAUAAAAAGGGCAAUGAUUCAAGCGACCACAAAUCUAAGAAGUCUGAAACCACUUCCAAGAGUUUCUUCAGCCAUCACUAUGAAUAUCAAAUUCGACCAGAUUCAAUUAUUCCAAAAUUCUAUAAGAAAAUCAGCAUAGGAUCAUGUUCCUUAACUUGUACCAAUGAAGAUAAUGCCAAAAAUGAUAAAAUUAAGAAGAACGUGAAGCUAUUAUCAUCAAUGGCUUACUUUUGGCAACCAGAUGGACUGGUUAAUAAAAAUCUCUCGCUGCCGAGUGGAUUGGACUACAAUGAUAGAGUUUCUUAUAUAGGACAAGCUACUCUAUUCAGCUUAAAUGUAUUCGAUGUUGGGACUUCUGACUCGAAAGAAACAACGAUAAAUUACGGAAAUUCCAACAUUGCUGGGAAUUCCGUAUUCCAAGUGUUAGGUUCCAAUUUUCAAGAUAAAUUCCAAUGGGUUAAUACAACCACUGCUGAUUUCCCGAAGAUCGAUAAGGACAAACUCAUUCCAGGCGGCAUGUUCAGCAAUGGUACCGAUACUUACGUUUGCAGAAAUAUAGAUGACCGUUAUGGGACAUACUAUCCAGGAAGUGCGCGGGUUGUGCAAAGCGGAACUUAUUGCCAUUCCUUCUUUGGACCUGAAGAUAAAUUUCAAGUUCUGGUGUUCAAUCAGGAAAAAAAAUAAUUACUCGAUUAUCAUUUUAUUCAGAUAAUACACAUGGAUAUCGUAUGAAAAUAAAAUAUCUAACAUGUAAUAUAAAUACAGUGUUGCAGAGUAGGAAGAAACUGCCUAUAAUCUGUGAAUGUGUAGAUCCCACAUCGAUCCCAAU